UUCUCAAAGAAAAAUUAAUGAACUUUACCCAUAAAGCUCUUAUUUUUAUUCCAACUUAUACCCAGGACCCAUUUCCUCUAUUAUCCAUCAAACUACAGCGUGCUAGACUUAGAGCGAAAAUAAAAGCAAAGAAAUGAAGGCAAUAGUGAUAACAACGCCAGGAGGCCCAGAGGUGCUGCAGUUGCAGCAAGUUGAUGACCCAGAAAUCAAAGACGAUGAGGUCCUCAUCAAGGUAGAGGCCUCUGCUCUGAACCGGGCUGAUACUCUCCAAAGGAAAGGUGCCUACCCUCCUCCUAAGGGUGCUAGUCCUUACCCUGGUCUUGAAUGUUCUGGCACUGUCCUUUCUGUUGGCAAGAAUGUUACCCGCUGGAAAGUUGGUGAUCAGGUGUGUGCUCUUCUUAGUGGCGGUGGCUAUGCUGAGAAAGUAGCAGUUCCAGCUGGACAAGUUCUUCCAAUCCCACCUGGGGUUUCUCUCAAGGAUUCUGCUGGUUUACCUGAAGUGGCUUGUACUGUUUGGUCCACUGUUUUUAUGAUGAGUCGCCUAUCUGCUGGAGAGACAUUCUUGGUCCAUGGUGGUUCUAGUGGAAUUGGCACUUUUGCAAUUCAGAUAGCCAAGACCAAAGGAGCAACAGUGUUCAUCACUGCAGGGAGUGAAGAUAAAUUAGCUUUUUGUAAGAAUCUUGGUGCUGAUGUGUGCAUCAAUUACAAGACAGAGGAUUUUGUUACACGUGUUAAGGAAGAAACUGGAGGGAAAGGUGUUGAUGUAAUUCUGGAUUGUAUUGGAGCAGCCUACCUUCAGCGAAACCUGGACAGCUUAAAUUUUGAUGGAACGCUUUGUCUUAUUGGCUUCCAGAGUGGAGCAGUCACCGAAAUUAAACUGAAUACUUUACUUCCAAAGCGCCUCACAGUACAAGGGGCUGCCUUACGGCCAAGAAGUCGUGAAAACAAAGCAAUGGUUGUAAAUGAAGUGGAGAAGAAUGUUUGGCCAGCAAUUGCAGCAGGCAAGGUGAAGCCUAUAAUCUACAAAUCUUUUCCCUUAUCUGACACUGGGGAGGCUCAUCGGCUCAUGGAAAGUAGUGAGCAUAUUGGGAAGAUACUACUUGUUCCAUGAUGUUGCUAAAGGUCUUGUCUUCUAUUUGGGACAAUGGUGGCUCAUUUGAUGAUAAAAUGAGCCACUUGGGAAUUAUGUUUAUGUAGUUUAUUUUGCGUAUGCCCUUGUGACCUAAUUUAAUCUUAUGAAGAUGAAAAUCAUAGAGAACUGAUACGUUGUGAAUGAUUUUCAAUCCUUGCCAAUGGCGUUAUCUGAGAAAGAUAAUAAAAACUAGUCGCAGUCUUGUGGAUUGCAUUUAGUUGA